UAGAAACUGCAGCUCCAAUCCGACUAUAGCAGGUUCGCGCCUGUAGCAGACAGGGCCAUCCCACUACUCCUAGAUCCAGUCCAAAUUCGACUGGGCCGGAUCUGGGCCCCUAGCAGCCCAUCUCACUGUCUCCCCUCACGUGUACAAAGGAAGAGGAGAGACUCUCCUCGCAGCCAUCACAAGAAAAGAGAAGAAAUGGCUUCUUCUCUCUCUCGUAGGUUCUCAACAAAACUCCUGAAACCCUCUCUUUCUUCUUCUCCUCUCUCCUAUCUCUUCUCCAACCAUUUCAUCUCCCAAAACCCUAACCCUAAUUCCUCCGUUUCCCAACAUAGCUUCCCGACCUUUUCAGGACGAAAACCCAUAAACCCUACAUCCGAUCCAUCCGCCUUCUUCUCCUAUUCCUCAGAUUCCACCACUCUUUAUAGAUUUCCAACAAUCUCUGGAGUAGAAUCCAUAAACCCUAAUCUCAAUUUCCUCAGAUCUUUCUCCACUUCUCCCGCCAAGCCUAAUCCCCAAAACCUGUCACAACAAAAGCCCACAAACCCUAACCGUAAUUUAUCCAAUCCCUACUCAAAUUCUCCCCAAACACCAUUAUUAGGAAAACCCAAAAGCCACAUUCCCAGUUUCAUCAGAUCUUAUUCGAGUUUCAAUGCCGCUCAAUCUCAGACGACUUCACAUGAAAAACAUACAAACUCUAACCCUCAUUCCUUCAGAUCUUUUGCAAGUUCUACCCAAACACCAUCAGAAGCAAAAUCCAAUGGUCCAGAUCCUAAUCUCAUCAGUUCGUCCUCCUCCUCAUCCGGCGAAUCAGAUUCCGGGAAACCCCAAAACCCUGAAUUCCAACACCAAGAGAUUGUCGGCCCAACAGUCGAGCGUGACGUCUCGGCCCUCGCUGAGGAAACCCGACAGGUUCUGCAAAAUCUCAAGAAGACCAUCUACGAUCUAAGCAGAGUCGUCGCCCUACUGGGUCUCGUCCAGCUCAGCUGCGGAGCCUGGAUUGCUCACACUACUCAGUCUUCUCUGAUCAGCGAAAUCUCAAUCCAGAGCUUUGUGGCAUUUGCAUUCCCAUUCUCAUUGGCGUUCCUGCUGCGGCAGACGCUCAAGCCGAUGAGCUUCUUCCGGAAGAUGGAGGAACAAGGUCGGCUGCAGAUCCUAACUUUGGCUCUCCAGGUCUCCAAGUGCUUGAAUCUCUUCUUCCUUAGAGCCCGUGUGAUUUCCUUCAUGUGCGUCGUGGGUAUGUCGAUCGGGCUGUUGUUUACCACAUUAUCACGUUGAAGGAUGAUAUCCAGUUCGAAUUUUGCUGCAAGAUUUUCACUGAAUGAGAGGAAGUCGGUGGAUGGUCUCUUGUAGGGCAAGGAUGCUUGUUGUUGAAUGAGUUCUAGUGUCCCCAACCUUAGGGAUUGUAAUUUGGAAUUCCUUGAGUUGUAGUUGGUUGUUUUUCGGUGCCCCAUCUUUUUGUAGCUUUCUUUGUUUGUUUUAAAUAAUUUUUUUGCCAAAAAAAAAAAAAAAACUAAUGUGGCAGAUUAAGUAAAUUUAUUUGCCUUUGGGCAGGCAAAACAGUGAUGAAUAUUGCAGUCAGGAGGGUCUCAUCUGAUAUGUGAUUUCAAUUCGUUUUCCUGGCAGCAAUUUAAAAAAAAUAAAUAAAUAUAAAGAGCUUUACAAAAACCGAAAAUAUGGGCCAUGUGGAGCUGGGGAAUACAGCAUACAGUGCCCACAAUCAAACUCUAAGGUGCCGUGAUGCUACUUGAUAUCGUUACUCUUCCAAAUCUGGCUUCCCCCUCCGGAUUUGGGUACAGCCAUGAGACUCUUUGUCAGCCAGAUUGCUGUUUCCCUGGAUGAGACAGCUUCUUCCCCGAAUGGUCUCAGCACACCAGCAAGCUCAUCCAGCCUCUCCUGCUGAAGCAGGCGUGCACAUAACUCGAGCAGAGACUCUAAAGCAUCAGCCCUUUGCUGGAGGCAGCUCAGAUUAUCCCAUUCGGCAUGUGUGUCAUCUCCAUGCAGAGCAGUCAGUGUACUGAUGGAGGAGGCAUCCUCGGUGGCACCACCUACUUCAUCAGCAUCACUUCUUGUCCUCUGCCGAUUACCGUUGAAAUUGUCCUUUUUGGAGAUCAUUUCCUCCCCACCAAGGAAUGUGAGUGUUCCCAUUUCUGUGGGACCACCUGUUGGAUCCUUAUUGGAUUUUUCCAUUUGUUCUAAACAACUAGGAUUAGGGUAAUUGGAUGCCUCUUCAUCUUCGCAGGGAGUGGGCAAAACUGCUGGCGAUGGCAUGUCUGCAGGGAGCGCAGCUGUUUGAUCUUCAUUCGAUUCUACCCAUCUAUGGUAGCUUGGGUGAGCACUCUCCACACCACCUCCAUUGAUAGUUACUGUCUCGCGCUUCACGGUCGCAUUAUCUGCAGUAGCAAUUUCUAUUUCAUCAUUAGCCUUCUGGAUUUGAUCCGAAAAUUCCAGCGUAUGCUUCUGUUCUUCGUCGCCAUGUGGAAGUAGUGUAGGCCCUGAUGAGACAGGUUCAGCGUCUACAGUUUCCAUUUGUUUUGACAAUUUUGGUGUAUGCUUCUGUUCUUCGUCUCUGUGAGGAGUUAGUGUAGGCCCUGGGACAGGUUCAGCAUCUACAGUUUCCAUUUGUUCUGCAUUGUCUGGUUUUGUUUGCUCUUCUCCAUUGCAAACUGUUGGAUCACCAUCUGUAAGCCCACCAUUCAGGCCACUAAAAUCAACCAUCGAGACUUCUGAGGAACCGUGAGAACUCAAUCUCUUGGUCUCAACAUUAUCGCCAUUGAGAAUGGUGAGUACUGACAUCUCAAUGGUGGGUCCCCUUUGUGGUUCCACAUCAGCCUUUCUUGUCCCCGUUCUACCACCACCUGAUUCAACUGAUAUCUCUAGUCUCAUCUCACCACUGCCAUUGUCUUUGCUGCCAUGUGGCUGCCUAUAAAAUCUGCUUCUAGUUAGCUUUUCACGGGAAUCAUUUGGAACAACACUCUUUAUCGGAAGAAGGAAAGGGGAUGGGAUGCUGCAUUCAGCAAGGUAUGGCUGCAAAUGAGGGUUCCUCAAAAGCUCUGCUGCCUGAAAUGUUAGCCUUUUGGGAUCAGAAUGUAGUUGUGACAUUCAAAUUGUUUCGACAGAGCCAGGUUAGUCAAACUCACUGUUGGUCUGUGUUCUGGAUUUUUUCUCAGCAUGCUUUUGAUCAACCGUUUCCUGCAAUUCAGAAACCAUUGCAUCUCAGUCGGAGGUUGUUGACAAAGGAAUUGAUCAAUGUUUGAAUAAUCGAAAAGAAAAAAUUAAAGUAAACGGUAUGUCCUAACAUAGUUUUAUUGCCGUGAAGAUUUCUCAGUUCAUCGGAUUGGUUUUUAUUUAUGUUAGGUGGUUAGUGAAAAUUCUCAUAUAUCAUUCUUCCAAUUUGAAAUAUCCUUGGAAAGAUAAAAGACACUUACAGUGAAGAGGAAUAGAUUGUGGGGAGUGGAGAAAUGGUUGAUCUAUUUAUCUUGCUCACCAAUCCUGCCAUGUCCUGUUUGGAGUUAUUGUCGUAUAAGGAAAUAAUUACGUUUAUUUUAGUUCAAAAUCAAUGAACUGGGAUCAUUCUUAGCUGCUGUAGAGAACUGCAAAUAUAACUCAAGCAGAAACUUACGGGAGCUCUAAAUGGGGGUCGAUGUGCGGCAAUUUCAAACAUACAGCAACCUGAAAUAAAAUAAAAAAUAGAAAACAGAUGUGAGGUGCAUUAUCGGUCGGUGAUACUUUAGACAUCCCAGCAACAAGUUGAUCUACAUCCUUAUUAAGUAGAA